AUGGUGCUACAUUUACAUGUGCUAUUUCUAGCUGCGCUAUUGACGUCCUGUACCGCUAUAAAUCCGGCAGACUCGAUUUUAUCCGGUGUUCUCAAUGUCAAGAAUUCAAAGGCUGUAUUUUAUGUGUUAAGUUCCGCACAAGAAAGCUGGGGUGAGUCGCUUGAGGCCCAGAAGCUAAAAGACGGUGCAAAACAUGCAUACUACCCUCUCGUGUAUAAUGCGAGCGGUCUAAGCAACAGCUAUGGAUGCAGAUCACAACGAGAUUUAUUAAAUACUAGCGGUGACAUCAUAUCAUCGGACUACAACUUGUCGAGCACCGAUCGCCAAAAAUUACUUGGAUUGCCAGACGAACCUUUCGUUUUGCUCGUGGACCGCGGCCAAUGCACUUUCACGGAAAAGGCAUAUUUUGCACAGGAGCUAGGGGCAGCCAUAUUACUUGUCACUGACACUCUUGAGCAGCUAUACAACCGAUCCAGCGCCGUGGACGCUACCGAAGACGAGAAACAAAUGGAAUUUUGCUGCUCUCGCGGCUCUGGUAAGGCAAUUUGGAAUUCCGAUACCAUCGAUUUUAAAUCAUCCGCAUGGAAAGACAAUGCGGGUGUGCGCUCUUGCACGAGUAAUAGCAAAUGUUCAUCGCGCAUGUGUGUGCCGUCCGGUGGUUCUGACAUGCAAGUAUGCUGCGCUUGGGAUAUACCUGACCCUAUGGAAUUUAGCUAUUCAGAUAUCGUAACGAACAAGAAAUCGGUUAGCGAUAUUGUGGUUGUACGAAUUUCCAUCGCUGGUGGUGAAUCACUUAAGGAAAUGCUGUCGUCUGAAAGCGACAAUGAGGACGGACAGUUAUUAAUUUCUGUUUACAAACGCGAACCACCAGUAGUAGACCCUGCCCAAGUAAUUCUCUUGAUUCUGGCCUGCGCUACAGUUUUUAUCGGUUCAUACAAAGGAGCCGCUUACGAACGCACCAAAGCACAGUUGAAGGCGGCACUACAAGCUGCUGAUGUCACCUCUUCAGACGCGAUCGCCCAAGCUCAAGUGGCAUACGAAGAACAUGACGAACGAGCCCCGAAAUACAAACAACUUGAUCUUAAUUUUUGGUAUGCUUCACUAUUUGUGUUCCUUGGCUCAGGACUUUUGGUGUUGCUCUUUUUUGUCAACGUGAUGAUCGUCGUAGUGGUUUUUUUUGGCAUCGGCUCUGUGUUUGCUACGUUCCGAACUAUUUGGGAACCGCUCAUGCGACGGUUGCCGGGUAGAUUUUUGCGCAAGCUACCGUGGUGCGACGUCUUAUGGCACUGGGGAGACCUGUUGGUGCCGGCGAUGUGGAGUAUUGGAGAUUUGCUUGCUCUCUUUUUGUCAGUCUUGAUAGCGCUCUUUUGGUUUUUGACGCGAUUUCAGUCAUUUUCGUGGAUUUUUCAAGACGUACUGGGUGUCUGCUUUUGUCUCGUGUUCCUCCGAACUGCCCGUCUGGUAAACCUUAAGGUGGCAACGGUGCUACUGUUGCUACUCUUCGUGUACGAUUUGUUCAUAGUCUUCAUUUCGCCCUAUAUAUUUAAGGAGAGUGUCAUAAUUAAGGAAGCUACGGGUGAUGCGCAAAGCUCUUCCAGUGGCUACUGUCUGCGGUACCCGACAAAUUCGGACCACGAUUGUCGCUCUGAAGUUAUGCCCAUUCUUCUGCGAGUCCCCAAAGUGCUCGAUUGGCGAUCUGGUUUUACAAUUCUAAGCUUAGGUGACAUCGUGGUGCCCGGUCUUUUAUUAGUGUUCUGUGCGCGCUACGACUAUGCCACGCGGGAACAGCUCUUCGGGCGUUUGAAUCAUUUCGACGGCAACACGUUGCGUGAACGUUCGCUAAGUAUCUUAAACGGGUCUUCGAUAACAACAACAACAGGAAAUUUGGACCAGGACAGAAUCAGAGCAGAGCUUGGAAAUACUAAUCUUGAUCAAGCUUGCCGUCGUGGGCUUUUCUGCUUGCUGAUGUGGGGUUACGUUGUUGGGCUUAUUUUCGCGAAUAUUGCCGUUGUUACAACGGGAUACGGACAGCCAGCGUCAUUGUACCUUGUGCCUUGUACGCUAGGGCUGUUGAUUAUUGUUGGAUGGCGACGCGGAAUUUUGAGCAAGUUGUGGGAGGGCCCGCCAGAGCUGAUUCCUGGUUACAUCUGUCGCAAAAGUUUUCGAAAUGGCAAAGAGUUCGACAUAUACGAAGUAACUCGAUUGCGAGGAUUGAGUCUGGAAGCUGGCAAGGCUGAAACAAACGAAAUUUUAACCUCCCAACAGCAAGAGAAUUGUACUCCCGUUUUUGGUUCUUACACCAGUGACGAUAUUAUAAUGGACAGCCGGAAUCAGUCUUGA